AUGCCUUCACGCAGGGUAUACGACAUUCCUUUCCCUUCAUUCUCCCUUGUGAUGAACCAGUCUUCGACAAGCAACAUGAGGCUGCCCAGCUACAGGACUUCUCACUUACUUCGCUUCCACCCUUACCCGAGGGUAAAGUUAAGCCAACGCGAGAGCCUGAUGAACACUGUAGAUGAUCGCCUCAGCAAUUGGUACGACGUUGUUGAAGAGGACGACAAUGCUAGACCUGUGAUUCUCGACCUCUCCAACCUCCAUGAGGACCAGCAUCCUAAUGUUGAGAAUCUCCAGGAAGUCGUUGAAGUCGCCGAGGCUGACGCCAAACCUCGCAUCAGACGCUUUAGCUUGACCACUUUGAUCAUCGACCUUGCAGUGCUGGUGGUCAGAAAGCUGGCUUUGAAAGCCAGGUAG